CAAGCAGCCCCCGGCUCGAGGGGGGCUUCCGCUGCACAGCUCCAGUGGCCGGCCCGCCUCUCGCGCGCACCCCGCGGGGUGCCCGCGCGCCAGCGCGGCCUUUGAGACGCGCUGGGAAGUUCGCAUCGAUAAACGCCACCGCCGCGCUGCACUGCGGCCAGGAUGUGCUGCAACUUCGCCUGCUCGUGCCUCUGCGCCUACAUCUUCCCGCCGCUCGGCAUCUACUGGCGCUUCGGGUGCGGGACGGAGCUGGUGAUCUGCGUGGUCCUGACCAUCCUCGGCUACGUGCCUGGCAUCAUCUACGCGGCAUUCAUGAUCGGUUGCGAGUCGGGCAGCCGUGCCAGGGAGCUGAAGCCGCUGCGGGAGCCCAUCAUUGCCGGGGUGCCCGUGGUGAACGUGCAGGACUGAGGUUAUAUAGGCACGUCAACAAUAUUCUGGAUGCGCACACAGGUCCCGUUGGUGUCUCGUCUCCCUCCAUCCUUCCCUUCUCCCCCUCCCACCGU